UACAGGUGUUGACACCUGAGUUGUAUGAAGAGGAAGUUGUCAAACCUCUGACACCCGACGGUAGCAGUGGCUGGAUAUCUCACCGCAUGCACACCGUCGAUCCGUGGAUGCUCAGUGAUGGUACCUGGGUUGCGGGCAUCGACGGCGAUACGCAGUACAACAUCCCCAUCACAACCUUUGUGCUCAAGUGGUUGGGCCUUUUAAUGGGUCUCUGCGCGUGCCUGAUCUGGUACCGGUGCAACAUCCACGCGAACCGGUUAAGGAUAUGGCGCACCCUGCCCAGCAAUGACUCGUGGGAUGGUGGGUUCAAUCGGAAGACGCUGAUGAGUGGGUGGGAUACGCGUGAUUCCAGCAUGCGGCGAGUGAACUCCGCACCCUCACGCGGCGACACGGCAGGAGGUACCUGUGCAACCAGCUGAACACGGGCGUACAGGCAUGCACGUACAUUCAUGGGUACUUGAAUCUACGUACAUUCAUGGCUACUUGAUCUACGUACAUUCAAUGGUACUUUAUUUUACGUACAUUCAUGGGCACUCGAUUCUACGUAUUUCAUGGCUACUUGAGUCGGCACGCCGAUGCAUUUAUAUGUACUUUGUUCAGCCCUUGGUUCAGUAGGUACAUUCAUAUGUACUUACUUCAACACCUGUUUCAGUAGGUACAUUCAUAAUUCAUAUGUACUUGGUGAAGCACCUGUUUGAGUGGGUGUGAGGGCAGAUACACACCUCUGAGGUGUGCACCGAUAGGCACUUGUGAUCAGCGCCAGACUAGCGUGACGAACGCGUAAGACCCGGACAGGGACACAACAAGAGUGUAUGUCUCACCAGCCGAGCAUCAGUGUACUUAUCCACGCGCAUGUAGGAAGCUGUAGCAUAGCUUAGGAGUACUGGCACACCACCAUUGUGUAUGCGUUUGGGUGUGCGGGUUUGGCAGGAGACCUAUGGAAAACACGCCUACCCAUCCAUGUAUUUUCACGAAACGGCCCUGGUGCGGGUGCUAGGUACAAGCAUACCGCACAGGUCAGCUGAAUGUACCACCAAAUGCGAUGGCUAUCUCGCAUCGUUGUGGGCGGUUACAAGAUUCAUCGUCCGUCAUCUGAAGUCUGGUUGCUUAAUUGCUUGUGCCUGAUACGGCUAGGAAGGUUCAUAGAUGCCCCGUCCGUGACUGCUGCUGUGGUCAGGUGAAAUUCGAUUGAGUUUGGAUUGGGUGAAGUAUUGUAUACUUGGCUCGGCCUCGAUGCUCGAGAUAUAUUUUGGGGUUUAUCCGCUGGUGUGCGAUGCAAGCAUUCGUUGACUGGAAUAUCGGGGGAAUGGCGUACGGUGUGGUUAGUGGAUGGUCCUUAGUUGAAGGCUAUUGCUCGGUUCGGCACAAGCAGCAGCAAGGACGCAUGACUACAAUUUACGUUGUAACUCGAUGGGUGGCAUAAUGCUCGAAAGUUGCACCUGGGCAACACAAACACAUAAACAUACGCACAUACGCACAUACGCACAUAACACAACACAACACAACACACACACACACACACACACACACACAUAUAUAUAUAUAUAUUAUAUAAAUAUAUAUAUGAUAUAUAUAUAUAUAUAUAUAAAUAUAUAUAUACCACACACUACAAUAAAGUACACCAAAUCACAUACAUACACGCACGCAAACUGCCACACAUCCAGUAUGCGCAGUCCUGAAUACGGGUACUAAACUCCAUCUGAAAGGAGCGUGGUCAUUUGCCAGGAGCCCAGCUUGACACCAACAGCACCUGCCAUUUAAAAAUAAGAGAAGCUCGCUGCGCCGUCGCAUUGAAUGGUGGUGUGGCUGCAAGCAUUAACUUGGGAUUAGAAAGGUUGGGCUUUGUGUUUGAAUGUGUUCGUUCCAAAUGUUACAGUAGACUAUAGUGGAGCACCGUUCCCGUUACACAGGAAAACAGGAAAUUUUUAUUAGACAGCAAUAGUUGUGACCAACCUCUGUGGGUGACUUUUAAACAUAAUUUCAUUUAGUUAUAAUCGGCACAUUAAUAUAUGCCAAAUGUCAAAUCAAAUCAAAUAUAUUCGUCAAUAAAGUGCAAUAGAUGUAGAGGCUAGAGUAACAGUGACGAUAAUCCUGAUUUGAAUGACUUAAUGUCUACCGUAUGACAAAGAGCAAACCUCAUCGGCUCUCGGUUUCCGCCCAAGUUUCUUUCCGUAUGCACAUGUU